GUGAGAGCGGCCGGCUGCUGAGGAGAGUCGCCGACUGCCGCGGCAUGGACGAGCCCGCGUCGCCCGGGGCCGCCAGCCCGCCGGCCAACGGCAACGGCAACGGGAAUGGCAACGGCAACGGCAACGGCAACGGCAACGGCAAAGGGAAGCCCAAGGGCAGGGACGCGUUCCGAAACCAGCGGCGGGAGUCGGAGGGCUCUGUGGAUUGCCCCACUCUGGAAUUUGAAUAUGGAGAUGCAGAUGGGCACGCAGCAGAGUUAUCAGAGUUGUAUAGCUACACGGAGAACCUGGAAUUCACCACUAACAGGAGGUGCUUUGAAGAAGAUUUUAGGACUCAAGUGCAGGGCAAGGAAUGGCUGGAGUUGGAGGAGGAUGCUCAGAAGGCCUACGUGAUGGGACUCCUCGACCGGCUGGAGGUGAUCAGUAGAGAAAGGCGACUGAAGAUGGCCCGUGCCGUUCUCUAUCUAGCCCAAGGCACUUUUGGGGAAUGUGAUUCAGAGGUUGAUGUGCUGCACUGGUCCAGGUACAACUGCUUCCUGCUCUAUCAGAUGGGAACCUUCUCGGCCUUCCUGGAGCUACUCCACAUGGAAAUCGACAACAGCCAGGCUUGUAGUAGUGCUGUUCGGAAGCCGGCCAUCUCCAUUGCUGAUAGCACAGAGCUCCGGGUACUGCUGAGUGUCAUGUACCUCAUGGUGGAAAAUAUUCGCCUGGAGCGAGAGACUGAUUCCUGCACAUGGAGGACAGCCCGGGAGACCUUCCGCACUGAGCUGAGUUUCUCUAUGCAUCAUGAGGAGCCUUUUGCCCUUCUUCUCUUCUCCAUGGUAACAAAGUUCUGCAGUGGCCUGGCCCCCCACUUCCCCAUAAAGAAAGUUCUCCUUCUUCUCUGGAAAGUGGUCAUGUUUACCCUUGGGGGUUUCGAGCAUCUGCAGGCUCUCAAAGUGAAGAAACGGGAAGAACUAGGCCUGCCUCCUCUGGCUGAGGACAGUAUCCAGGUGGUGAAGAGCAUGCGAGCCGCCUCCCCACCUUCUUACACACUUGACCUUGGGGAAUCUCAACUGGCACCACCACCACCCUCCAAGCUUCGAGGCCGCCGUGGUUCUCGAAGGCAACUCCUCACUAAGCAGGACAGCCUGGAUAUCUACAAUGAAAGAGACCUCUUUAAGGCAGAGGAACCAGCCGCAGAGGAGGAAGAGGAGUCCGCUGGUGAUGGAGAACGAACCUUGGAUGGAGAGUUAGACCUGCUGGAGCAGGACCCACUAGUGCCCCCUCCGCAGUCACAGGGUCCCCUUUCUGCUGAGCGGGUGGCCUUUCCCAAAGGCCUGCCCUGGGCUCCAAAGGUCAGACAGAAGGACAUUGAACACUUCUUGGAGAUCAGCAGAAACAAGUUCAUUGGAUUCACUCUGGGGCAGGACACGGAUACCUUGGUUGGAUUACCCAGGCCUAUCCACGAGAGUGUAAAGACCCUAAAGCAGCACAAGUACAUCUCCAUCGCAGAUGUUCAGAUCAAGAACGAGGAGGAGCUGGAGAAGUGCCCCAUGUCUCUGGGGGAAGAGGUGGUACCAGAGACACCAUGUGAGAUCCUCUACCAGGGUAUGCUGUACAGCCUCCCCCAGUACAUGAUUGCCCUGCUUAAGAUCCUGCUGGCUGCAGCCCCUACCUCCAAGGCUAAGACAGACUCUAUCAACAUCCUGGCGGAUGUCCUGCCGGAGGAGAUGCCGGUUACUGUUCUCCAGAGCAUGAAGCUUGGCAUCGAUGUGAACAGGCACAAGGAAAUCAUUGUAAAGAGUAUUUCUGCCCUGCUCCUACUACUCCUCAAACACUUCAAACUGAACCACAUUUACCAGUUUGAAUAUGUGUCACAACAUCUGGUAUUUGCCAACUGCAUUCCAUUGAUCUUGAAGUUCUUCAAUCAAAAUAUCUUGUCCUACAUCACAGCCAAGAACAGCAUCUCAGUCCUGGAUUACCCUGGCUGUACCAUCCAGGAUUUGCCAGAGCUGACUACAGAGAGUCUGGAAUCUGGAGAUAACACCCAAUUCUGCUGGAGGAACCUCUUCUCCUGCAUCAACCUUCUAAGGCUGCUUAAUAAACUGACCAAAUGGAAGCAUUCCAGAACCAUGAUGCUAGUAGUGUUUAAAUCGGCUCCCAUCUUAAAACGGGCUCUGAAGGUCAAGCAGGCCAUGCUGCAACUUUAUAUCCUGAAGCUGCUGAAGAUACAGACCAAGUACCUGGGGCGCCAGUGGCGGAAAAGCAACAUGAAAACCAUGUCAGCUAUUUAUCAGAAAGUGCGGCACCGCAUGAACGAUGACUGGGCUUAUGGGAACGACAUUGAUGCUAGGCCAUGGGACUUCCAAGCAGAAGAAUGCACCCUGCGGGCCAACAUUGAGGCUUUUAAUAGCCGCCGGUAUGACCGACCCCAGGACUCUGAAUUUUCACCUGUGGACAACUGCUUGCAGAGUGUCCUGGGACAGAGGCUGGAUCUGCCAGAGGAUUUCCACUAUUCCUAUGAGCUCUGGUUGGAGAGAGAGGUGUUUUCACAACCCAUCUGCUGGGAGGAGUUGCUCCAGAAUCAUUGAUCUCUUAUUAACACAACAUCUGAUAGAUGGAUGUUAGCACUAAUAAAUGGUGCUGACGCUUUUGUUUCCAGCCAUGCAGUAUGAAUCAGGCCCAUUCUGGGGAGUGUUAGACCUGGAGAUGCAAGAGUCAAUCAACUUGUCCUAGGGUUAGCUGGGUGCUUUAGUUGUCCUUGGAAAUCUGCUGGAUCAGUGGUGUGCAGGCUCUCUGGUGGGACCACACCCUGCUUUAAUCUUGCCUAGAACCUGGCUAGCCUUUGCUGACCCCAAGUGAGAAGUUUAUUAUGACAUUUGACCCAUGGUAUUUAUUAUAGAUAAUGGGAGGUGCAGAUCAUGAAAUACUAAGAACAUUUUCUUCUUGCUCUCUCUAGAUCUCUAGGACUUUACAGAGGUUUGGCAAGUCCGCUUUGAAAUUACAUUUCUAAUUUCUAAACCUCUUUCUAAAAAUAUUUGCUCUCCGAUGAUUUUAGAGCACCUGCACCUUCUUUGUGAAGGGCAGUGAUUUGCUGUUACCAAAAUGCUGCAUGUGGUAGAAAGAAAUAUUGUGUAGAGUGGUUUUUAUUUAGUCCCUCAGAGAUAUAUGUUCCCCGUGAUCAUUAUUUCCUUGUGCACUCUGUUUAGGGCAUGGAGCACUCUGCCACAACAAAUAGGUAACAGGCCUCCUCUAAGGAUGUUUCAUGUUUUUUUUGAGACUAUUUCAGUCUUAAAAUGACUGAGUACACUGCAGAAAAUUAUCCUUUUCAUCCAAUUCCUCUUUUAAAUGACAAGUUAGCCACAGGAGGUUUUACUUAUUGAGAUGGCAUGUCCAUUUGUGCUUAUGAUCGAUUUAUUUUUUAAUUGAAUAGAACAGCAAGAGCAUCACUGCUUGCCAUUUUUCUUCUUCUAUGUUGAUUAAUGAUCUUUUUUUCCUUUUCACUACUAGUGACUUCAUGUGGAGAUUUAGCAAUACUGUUUCUACCUAAAAGUGUUGCAUAUUUCUUUGAAAAUAGAAGACUUGGUGUACCAGCCUUUUUACAGCAUACUUACCAUCAAAAACAAGAUUUUUAGAAAAAGUUUCUGGCUUCUACACCAUCAUUUUGUUUCUUUUCAGUGUUCCUACAAUUAUGUUUCUAUGUCUUCAAGCUUUUUCUAUUUUAUAUGCCCCCUCCACAAGCUGCCAACAUAGAUACUACUAAAUCUUUUUUAUGAGAUCACCAACCCUCUCUAAUCAGGAGACUGACUGAUCAGAAUUGACUUAUUUGUGCACUUAUUUUCACUGUUCUUCAUCAACUAUAGCCUCAUUUGGAAAUCAGAUGAGUUACCAACACUGUAGAAAGGAAUGCUACCAAGAACUAUGUAAAGCUUGGAUUUUUACCUCUGUGAUUUACAACAGCAAGAUUUUAAAUUUCAUAGAAAUGUCAUGAAAAAUGACCAGGGAAAUGGCUCACAGUGCUGAAGUGCAUGCUUUGCAUGUGGGAGUACUGGGUUCAAUCCCCAGCACUGCAUGGACCCUAAAGCACCAUAUAGAGUGACAAGAGUGGGCCAAAAUAGAAAAAAAAGUAUAUAAUGGAUGAAACUUUCUUAAAACAAUUAGCACCCUGAUCACUGCCAGGAGUAAUUCCUGAAGAAAAAAAAAAUUGCAAAUUUUACCUGUGUAGGACAGCAAUCAUUAUCUUUGUUGCAGUCAAAAUAAUUUAUGGGACUUGUCCUUUAUAGCCCUAUUAUCUAUGAUUUUAAUAUAAUUUAAAUGAAAAAAUAAUUUUCAAGGAAAGAGUAAUCAGUAUAUUUACGGUAAAGACACAGUUCAUUUGUGUUAAGAAUAAAUAAGCUAUGGGGCUGGAGUGAUAGCACAGUGGGUAGGGCGUUUGCCUUGCACACGGCCGACCCGGGUUCAAUUCCCAGAAUCCCAUAUGGUCCCCUGAGCACUGCCAGGGGUAAUUCCUGAGUGCAGAGCCAGGAGUGACCGCUGUGCAUCGCCAGAUGUGACCCAAAAAGAAAAAAAAAAAAAGAAUAAAUAAGCUAGGGCUAGGGCUAGAGCAAUAGUACAGUGGGUAGGGUGCUUGCCUUGCAUGAAGCCCACCAGGGUUCGAUCCCAGAAUCCCAUAUAGUUCCCCAAGCCUGCCAGGAGUGAUUCCUGAGUUCAGCAGGAGUACCCUCUGAGCACGGCUAGCUGUGCCCCACACCCACACACAAAAAAAUAAGGUAACCUUUUAUAAUAGACACAUGGUUGAUUUUUGAAGCAUGGAAAUUUACUGAGUUUAGCAUUUUACGCUGUAUUUUAUACAACUCUUCCAAAGCAAGACUGAUUUCCAAUACAGAUGGAGAAACUGAGGCACCACAGAAAAGUGAUUAGAUUCUAAUUAAAUCAACUUAUUUCCCCGCUGACUUAUUGGGACUGGCAUUCAGGUAUUGACAGACAAUCCUCAUUACUGGGUUGAAUAUCCUAACUUGAGAUUCUAAUGCAAAUUCAUGUGUGUGGUCAGGAAUAUAUUUAGAUUAACUUCCAGUGGUGAUUACUAUUACUACCUAAAAGAACAUUAUUUGAGUGAUCUAUUAAGUAGGGAAUUUUUAUUUAUUAAUAUUUCAGUGAAGUUUGUGUUGAUUGUUGAUAACAUUAUUUAUCUAUUGAAGCACUUUAAUAAAAAGAUUGUUGAACUGGA